GUCCCCUCCGUGGCCUCCUGCCAUAGUUUUUCAACGCCGGGCGAAGAUGGCGGCCAUACAGGCGAGGUGUUAUUGCCAGUGGACAUAACCGGGACAUUUUUUUUUUACCAACAAAAUCCAGCCGAGUCAGUCAGUCUAGCAGUGUUUAGUCCUUUGUGAAGGCUUUUUUUUUUUUGGGAUACAUUUUUUACGCCCCCCCCCCCCCACACACAACAUGUUCAGUGACUAGCUGGCUAACGGGAGAGCAAGCAGUCUACUAGCUCGCAGGCUAGCUCGCCGCCGUCAAGAGGAGGAUGGGAGAAAAGCUGGAGCUCAAACUCAAAUCGCCGGUUGGAGCGGAACCCGCCGGCUACCCGUGGCCUUUGCCGGUUUACGAUAAACACCAUGAUGCUGCUCAAGAAAUCAUCGAGACCAUUCGGUGGGUGUGCGAAGAGAUUCCAGACCUCAAACUGGCGAUGGAAAACUAUGUACUCAUCGACUACGACACCAAGUGUUUUGAGAGUAUGCAGAGACUGUGUGACAAAUACAACAGGGCGAUUGACAGCAUUCACCAGCUGUGGAAAGGGACGACCCAGCCCAUGAAGCUAAACAAGCGACCUUCCAACGGGCUGUUGAGACACAUCCUCCAGCAGGUAUACAACCAUUCGGUGACCGACCCGGAGAAGCUAAACAACUAUGAGCCCUUCUCCCCGGAGGUGUACGGGGAGACGUCUUUUGACCUGGUGGCUCAAAUCAUCGAUGAGAUGGAGAUGAUGGAGGAUGACACCUUUGUUGAUCUUGGCAGCGGUGUGGGUCAGGUGGUGCUGCAGGUUGCCGCAGCGACCACCUGUAAACACUACUAUGGUGUGGAAAAGGCAGAUAUUCCAGCAACCUAUGCAGAGACCAUGGACAAAGAGUUUAAAAAGUGGAUGAAAUGGUACGGGAAGAAACACGGGGAAUACACACUGGAGAGGGGAGAUUUUCUGUCUGAAGAAUGGAAAGAACGAAUUGCCAACACAAGUAUUAUUUUCGUGAAUAACUUUGCCUUCGGGCCCGAGGUGGAUCACCAGCUGAAGGAACGUUUUGCAAACAUGAAAGAAGGUGGAAAAAUAGUAUCCUCCAAACCAUUUGCACCCUUGAAUUUUCGAAUAAACAGCCGAAAUUUGAGUGAUAUAGGCACGAUAAUGCGCGUGGUGGAGCUCUCGCCACUGAGGGGCUCGGUGUCCUGGACUGGAAAGCCUGUUUCAUACUACUUGCAUACUAUAGACCGCACCAUACUUGAAAACUACUUUGCAAGUCUCAAAAAUCCUAAACUCAGGGAAGAGCAAGAGGCAGCUAGACGACGUCAGCAGAAAGAUACAAAGGACAGUAAGAGCAAUAGUACCACGCCCACCAAAACUAAGGAACAAAUCAAGCAGGACUCUGGCGGGGAGGAGGAGCAGCCUCCCUUGGUGACAGUGGUUAAGCCUGCUGCCAAACCCCGCCGAGCAAAGCUCAUAUCCAAAGGUCGGAAGCUGAACAACAACAGCAACAAGAAGAGAGGCCGACCCAAGAAGGCAGCACCGGCUGUUGACAAAAACAAGAAGAACCAGAGCGCGUUGGAUUUGCUGCAUGCCAAGACCCUUUCUGCAGCACCCCCUCAGGAUGCAUACCUGCAACCACGGAGCCCCUUUUAUCAACUACCUCCUAAAGUUCAGCACUAUCCAGCCAAUCAACUGUUGCUGAGCCCAACUCCUCCUGGUCUGCAAAACCUGCUAGAUAACUUUAAAGUUCAAUACCUCCAGUUUAUGGCCUACAUGAAGACUCCGCAGUACCGUUCCAACCUGCAGCAGCUUUUAGAGCAGGAGAAGCAAAAACACAGGGAUUUGUCUGGACAGGCAGAGCAGCUCCAUUCCGUCUGCCAGGCUCACAAGGACAAAAUCAAAGGUCUCUUUCAGACCAAACUUGACGAGCUGGGAGUGAAAGCUCUCACUGUGGAGGACCUGCUGCAGGCUCAGAAGGAGAUAUCAGCUCAUAACCAUCAGCUGAAAGAGCAGACAAAACAGCUCGAGAGAGACAUGGCUUUACUGAAAGACCACAGCCUGCUACUGCUGAAGUCUCGAUGUGAGGAGCUGAAGCUGGAUUGGGGCUCGUUGUGUCUGGAAAAUUUACUAAAGGAGAAGCAGGCCCUGCGGAGACAAAUCUCUGAGAAGCAGAGGCACUGCUUAGAGUUGCAGAUCAGCAUUGUAGAGCUGGAGAAAAGUCAAAGGCAGCAGGAGCUUCUUCAGCUCAAAUCUUACAGCCCUCGUGAGGAUUCACCUUAUAGAAAGAACCCAGAUGCCUGCUCCUCCGCAGACAUGGACACCUCCAAGUUUGCCCUGUCUUCUGCCCAUGCUCUUAAUGGCAUCAGCCCAGAACGACUCAUCAACGGCACCAGCUCGCCUUCUUUUGAGCGGCCAAGCACUAAGACUGAGCUCCUUUCCCGCUAUCUCCCCAUCUCUCCCGACCACGAGAUCGUGUCUGCCAUGCCUGAAGCUCGGCAGAGACUGCAGAUCUCCCACGCUCUUCCUGAUUACACACGCUUCUCCCCAGCCAAAAUUGCCUUGCGCAGGCAUCUGAACCAGGAGCCCACGGUCUCUGGCCACCUGAAAGGCCUCGGGCUGCCCACACACAGGAUGGAAAUGGGUGGCAUGAACUCCCCUCUUGGAGCCAAGCAGAGCAGCCUGUCUCCUAAUGCAUCUGAUACACAGAGGAGCACUGAGAGGGGUGGAAAGGAGAAGAGUCCAUCUGUUCAGGGAGAAAGCAGCAUCAAAAGCCUUCCAAUAAGUAUUCCUCUGAGCACUGUCCACCCAAGCAAACUUCCAGUCAGCAUUCCGUUGGCCAGUGUUGUGUUGCCUAGUCGGGCUGAGAGGCUGAGAAGUACUCCAAGUCCUGUGUCUCAGGCCUGUCAAAUCAAUGGAUAUUCAUCUUGCUCAGGGCUCAUGAAUGGAGGUCUACACCCAGAGGAUCAAAAUGGUGCUUCUUCAUCGCCUCCAAACACAAACACACCUCUGGCAGGACCGCUGAGCAGAGGAGGUCCCAUUCAAAGCCCCCCAAUCAGCACUGGGGGUGUUCUUCAUUAUGCAGACGGACCUCCUAGGAUACUUACAGAAGAUGGCGGCGAAGAAUGCCAAGAAGCAGACUCUGACACGGAACCGCAGGACAAUGAACUACGGAGGAGAAUGUUUUUCUCCUCGUCCUCGUCCUCGUCCUCCUCUUCCUCGUCAUCAGGCAGCGGAGGCAGCGUGGCCGGAGGAUCACGCCUCCACCAUCACGCUGGCAGCUCAACCAAGCAGGGAUACCACAGUAACCACGGCAACCACAACCACCAGUCCCCCGGCACACAGCACAGUCACACACCAGCGCACGUGUCUUCAUCACACUCCGCUCACUGCCUCGCUUCUCAAGAGGGACGUAAGCGGGGGAGGAGGAAGCGCGGCUCCACAGCGGCCAUAGCAGCCAGCGGCUCACCUAAGAGGAGAUCAUUCCCUGGGAUCAACGCCAACAACCACUCCUCUGGGUCACCACUCAACAUCAAUUCCAUGGUGAACAACAUAAACCAACCUCUGGAGAUCUCUGCCAUCUCGUCGCCAGAGCAAUCAAGUCGCAGCCCGGCAAGGACUGAAAUUAACCAACCUCCUGUCCUGAAGAGAGAGCGCCCUGUUGAGGUGAAUGGUACAGGUCACUACUCCUCCGCCCCCAGCUCUGAUGAUGACGACUCAGGAUACCCUGCUGACGGCUCCAGCUCACGAAUUGAAAGAAAAAUUGCUACAAUUUCCUUGGAAAGCAGAGAUGGACACAAUAGAAUAGGGGAAAAUGAAAGAGGCAGGAAGUCUGGGAACAGCAGUGGUAACAGCACAGGUAGUGAGGCCUCCUCCUCCUCAUCAUCCUUGUCCUCCACAAGCAAAUGGAAGUCAACUUUUUCACCCAUUUCUGACCCCAAGCAAUGCAACUCAGACCUUAGACAAGGAGGAUCUCCGUUUGGAAUGGGAGGUUCAAACCGGGACUUAGACUCUGAUUACAAACAACACCAUCAGCAGCCAAGGAAGUGUAGCGAUGGAGAGUUAUCCAACUACCCCAACCCUUUCCUCAGUCAAGAAACUGGAAACCGCAGUGGUGCUAGCGGCGGAACCCAGGGCGGAAGCAUGUCUGAGCCGCGCCAGGCUCUACAGAAACCGAAGGCCCCUCGCGAUUGGGAGCUGAAGACCAGCAGUGGCCACUCCAGUCAGAACCUCUUCAUGUCAGCUGCCGCCAGCAAUGGAGGAGGCAUUCUUAGUGGGAAAGUUGGGGCCAGCGCUGUCACGGUUUCCUCGACAGGAUCUUCUGUGGGUCAGUACCUUGGUUCACAGUUUCCACUAGGAGGGACCUCGGUCCUACAGUCACUGUUCGGCGCCCAAACAGGAAGCUCCAACGCAGGCGGGAACACACGACUGGUCAACGGACAUUCUGGCCUUGGGAGUUUCUCUACCGCUGGGCUGGCAGGUGGAGCAGCAGGAGGAAUCUUUCAUCAUGCGGUUCCCUCGGUGUCCUCCCAUCAGUUUGGGGCGUCGUUGCCCACCUCAGGAGGCCUCAGCUCUCUGCUCAGUCUCUCCUCCUCCCAACAAAACACCCCCCAGCCCGCCUCAAUGCGCCUGGCCUCCGCAUCCUCACCUCUCCCCUCAUCCUCCUCCUCCACGUCACAGGCCCAGCAUAGCCGCACCCAGUCGGUGCUGCACAGCCCCUCCACUCCCACGCUCUUGCUGCCCCCGCCGCCACCCCUGCACAGUGCUCCCUUGCACGCCGAAUCCCCACCACCCUCUCGGUCUGACUCCCUCCACUCCGUCCGUCUCUCCCACUCUUCUCUCCAUCACCAGAGGGCGCAUUCGUCCCUCACUCUUACCAUCUCCUCUUUCACCCCGUCCUCCUCUGCCGCUCUCUCUGCUGCCGCUUCCUCCUCUUCAUCCUCCUCCUCCUCGUCUCGUCAAUUCGCAGUACAUUACUCCCCCCGCCUUCCACCGACGCCACCCAGUAGCUCAGGUGGUGGCGUCAGCAGCAUGCGAAGGACUCAAGGCAUGCAUGGCGCCUACAGCACCUCCUCUUCACUCCCUGGCUCUCGACCGAGAUAGGUUUUGGGGGGAGGGAAUGGGGGGGGGGGGUGUAGAGGGAAAUCAGAGAGGAGAGAGACAUGUUGAGUUUGUUGUUCUAAACGAACAAGGUAACUGCUGAAAACUACCUCAACAGGAAAUAAACUAUGCAAAUAUCCAGGUGUUGGACCAAGGCACUCUGCUCCUCACUCACUGGUGCUUUAAUUACAUCUGCACUACAGGACCGGCUUCUGUACUGGGACACACGCACAAACACACAGAUGUGAUCACCAUGAGCAGAAUCAACGGAACCGGUCACGUUUUGAAUUGCAAAGUGUUAUAUUUCUUUUCCCAUUGUUUCCUUCACACACAUGGUCUAAAGCUGCGGUUAAACUCUAGUAACAAUCAACGAGUGUUAACAUCGAGCUGCUAAGUUCUAUCUCUCCCUCAUGUGCAAAUGAUUAAAUCAACAAGCACACUACUUUCUGUCAUGGAGGUGCAACUUCCUGUUUGACCUGUUCAUUGAACUCUGCUCUUCAGAUAGCUGUUCCUAUUUGAGGUGUGUGUGUGUGAAUUUUGUUGUGAUGAUUCCAAACAUCUGACCGAUAAACAAGAUGAGGAAACGAUUUAGAUCUGCUUUCACACUGGAUUGCAACAUAGUUACUUUUGUAGCAUAAAAGGAUUGUCUGCUUGUGCAAACCACUUAGAUAUUUUCACUUAAUUAGGUCCCACCUAAAAAAAAAUAUAUCUAUCUAACUGAUCAAUAAUUGAGCUAUAAGUUGUUGACUAUCAAAUCGAUUGAUGUCCUAUCAUUGACAUAUCAUAGAGCGUUACUGGUGUUAGUUAAUAAGACAUAUUUGAGGUGAAAAAGCGUGCUUACUCCUAACAAAUAAGUGUUUAUUUCUGCCUAGUUUAUAAAAAAAAAAAAAAAGAGUCAAAUCCAUAAACUGUUGAUUACUCUGCUAAGAAAUGGUGCUCUGUGUUCAUUCUCUCUGGCAGGUGAUGCAAUGCUGCCAAGUUAAGUGAAGUUGAAUCCAGGUAGUUCAUAUUAAUAAUAAUAAUAAUAAUAUCUGGAGCUUGUUUUUUUUGUAUUUAUUAGUCCUGUUGUCAAUUUUUCUAAGUGUGACGGAAACCUUUUCAAGGCAGGACAUUUUUAACCUCUUCUUAAGCUGAACUUUGUAUAUUUAUUUGUGCUGCUGGGUGCUAAGAGCAUGAUUUAGGACGCUAAAUAUACAUCUUCACACACUGGUAAAACGUCUUUUUUCCUCACAACAAAUUACUGGACUACUUCACACCUCCUCCUGGUUUGCCUUUGAUUGUCCUUUUUUGUGUUUGUACUGUGAAUAUGAUUCUCUUGACUGUACAGUUGUAUUAGAUUUAUAUAUUUAUGUCCCUCGUUCGCCUUUUUUGUUCUUUAUAUCUGGAAAUGUGUUGACGUUGUAGAAUGCAAUAGUGUGUCACUCACUGUCGGAAAACAAUGGUGCUAAAUUGGACAGUGCCUGGUUUUUAUUUAUUCCUACAUUUGAAAAAAAAACACACACAACUGAAAAAUACAAAAGAAAUGAGAUGGGGACAUUUUGUAAAGACCCCCUUUUUGGUUUUUAUUUCUCCUGUUUCACACUUAUGGAAAAAAAAAUUGUGAGUGAAACUAACACACUGUUUUGUACAAAGGCUUUCUUUCUAGCGCCAACACAAAGCUAUAUUUAAUGUUAUAACAUACUGUCUAAAUAUAUAUAAAUAUAUAUUAUAUGAGGGGGAUCUCUAGGUGCUGCAUUUGGACUCUCACAUUGGGUCUUUAAUGCCACUGUAUGACCUUAACCAACAUUGCGCAUUCUGUGAUGCGCACAAAUAAGGUGCUCUGUGGGGCGAACACAACUUCCUGUCUUUAUCUUUUCUUUUCUUAUACCGAUUUAGGAAUCCUGCAGGAAAAAUGGUGCUUCUGUUUUUGAUGGUGCAAACAAAGCUAUGUGUUUUACAGACGAGGCCCCCCUCCUUGUUUCUUUUUUUUUUUAAUAUAUAUAUAUAUUGUGGGUAUUGCAAGAGCCGCACUAAAUGUAAAACACUUGUUUGUAUGUGAGCCUGUCCAUGUGUAACUCUUAUUUCUAUGUUUUGAAUACACAAUUAGAGACUGUCGUCUGUUUAAACCGGGACUGAGUUUUUUUUGUUUGUUUUUUUUAAUCACUGGUGUUUCCAUCACAUGUCUGCCUUUGUUUUUUGUCUCACUGCUUUCUGUCCUCUUUGUAGAAACUUGAUGCUCUACUUCACUUAAAACGAGGAAAAAUGGCAGCUAAUUCUUCUGCAGUUGUGCAGUCGGGUGUUUUCUUCCGUCAGUAAACCUUCAACGUGAGCAGCUUUCUGGAUGCAGCUCUGGUGUAUGUGCAAGUGAGAGCCUCAUUUUUUUAAUCUGUUUUAAUAUACAGUAAUUCUACUUGAUGUAAAUACUGCAUUGAUGUAGCUUAAGGGCUGUGGACUCUGGAAUGUAGUCUAACAUUUUGGUUGUAGCCUCAAGAUCUAGGGCUGCAUAAGUGCCACCGGCACUGGGGAACUGCCGUUUAUCGAGGCGAAAAUGAUUGAUCAACCUAAAAGGGCUGUUUGCGGCGUCCUCACAGUUGCACUUUUCAAAGCAACAAAUAUAACAAAAACACCAUUGAUUAGCUUCUGUUAGCGUUAUUAGUUUAACAGAACACCAUUGUUUUAAAACAAUGUAUUUUUUCUCAAUUACUAAGUUUAUGUAAUCAUUUUUGCUUGGCCUAAAAAAAAGUUAUUGGUGUUUAUGGCGGUCACUCACCCUGUCUCGUCAACAUGGUAUCUGUAAUGGCUAUUUUCCAAUAUAAGGAUUCCAAACAAACCUAAGACAAGUAAAUAGUGACAACAACGUCAUGGUCUGGGGCUACACGAGUGCUGUCAGCACUGGGAAACUGGUUCAUUUGAGGCGCAAAUAAAUUCCAACAUUCGGAACAGAACUAUUGAACCCCUAAACACACCUCUAAAACAACUAAAUAUUAGUAGUAGCGUCAUGGUCUAGAGCUGCACGAGUGCUACUGGCAGUGAGUGGAGAGCUGCGGUUUAAUUGUGGCAAAAUUCCAUCGUUCUGAAAAACAUAAAGAUCGAUCCUCUAAAUACACCUUUAAGACAAUUAAAUAGUGAAAGUAGUGUCAAGGUUCAGGGCUGCAUGAGUGCUCCUAGCACUGGAGAGCUGCAGUUUGUUGGGUCGAAAAUUAACUCAACCAUUCUGAAGAAAAAAUGUUUCAUCCCAUUAAUGGCAAUUUUCCAAUACAAGAAGUCCAAACGCACCUCCAAGACAAUUAAAUUGAGAUAGUAGCGUCAUGGUCUCGGGCUGCAGGACUGCUGCCAGCACUGAGGAACUGCGGUUUAUCUGAGGCGAAAUUGAAUUCCAACAUUCUAAACAGAAUUUUUGAUCCCCUAAACACACCUCUAAGAUGACUAAAUAGUGGUAGUAGUCUCGUGGUCUAGAGCUGCACGAGUGCUACCGGCGAUGGAGAGCUGCGGUUUAAUCGAGGCAAAAUAAAUCCCAUUAUUAUGAAGAACAUAAAGAUCGAUCCCUCUAAACACACCUCUGAGACAACUAAAUAGUGAAAGUAGUGUCAAGGUUCAGGGCUGCAUGAGUGCUCCUAGCACUGGAGAGCUGCAGUUUGUUGGGGCGAAAAUUAACUCCAACUUUCUGAAGAAAAAAUGUUUCAUCUCAUUAAAUGGCAAUUUUCCAAUAUAAGAAGUCCAAAUUCACCUCCAAGACAAUUAAAUUGAGAUAGUAGCGUCAUGGUCUCGGGCUGCAGGACUGCUGCCAGCACUGGGGAACUACGGUUUAUCUGAGGCGAAAUUGAAUUCCAACAUUCUAAACAGAAUUUUUGAUCCCCUAAACACCUCUAAGAUGACUAAAUAGUGGUAGUAGUGUCGUGGUCUAGAGCUGCACGAGUGCUACCGGCAAUGGAGAGCUGCGGUUUAAUCGAGGCAAAAUAAAUCCCAUUAUUAUGAAGAACAUAAAGAUCGAUCCCUCUAAACACAUUUCCAAGACAACUGAAUAGUGAAAGUAGUGUCAAGGUUCAGGGCUGCAUGAGUGCUCCUAGCACUAGAGAGCUGCAGUUUGUUGGGGCGAAAAUUAACUCCAACAUUCUGAAGAAAAAAUGUUUCAUCCCAUUAAUGGCAAUUUUCCAAUAUAAGAAGUCCAAACGCACCUCCAAGACAAUUAAAUUGAGAUAGUAGCGUCAUGGUCUCGGGCUGCAGGACUGCUGCCAGCACUGAGGAACUGCGGUUUAUCUGAGGCGAAAUUGAAUUCCAACAUUCUAAACAGAAUUUUUGAUCCCCUAAACACACCUCUAAGAUGACUAAAUAGUGGUAGUAGUGUCGUGGUCUAGAGCUGCACGAGUGCUACCGACAAUGGAGAGCUGCGGUUUAAUCUAGGCAAAAUAAAUCCCAUUAUUAUGAAGAACAUAAAGAUUGAUCCCUCUAAACACACCUCUAAGACAACUAAAUAGUGAAAAUAGUGUCAAGGUUCAGGGCUGCAUGAGUGCUCCUAGCACUGGCGAGCUGCAGUUUGUUGGGGCGAAAAUUAACUCCAACAUUCUGAAGAAAAAAUGUUUCAUCCCAUUAAUGGCAAUUUUCCAAUAUAAGGAGUCCAAACACACCUCCAAGACAAUUAAAUUGAGAUAGUAGCGUCAUGGUCUCAGGCUGCAGGACUGCUGCCAGGACUGGGGAACUGCGGUUUAUCUGAGGCGAAAUUGAAUUCCAACAUUUUAAACAGAAUUUUUGAUCCCCUAAACACACCUCUAAGAUGACUAAAUAGUGGUAGUAGUGUCGUGGUCUAGAGCUGCACGAGUGCUACCGGCAAUGGAGAGCUGCGGUUUAAUCUAGGCAAAAUAAAUCCCAUUAUUAUGAAGAACAUAAAGAUCGAUCCCUCUAAACACACCUCUGAGACAACUAAAUAGUGAAAAUAGUGUCAAGGUUCAGGGCUGCAUGAGUGCUCCUAGCACUGGCAAACUGCAGUUUGUUGGGGCGAAAAUUAACUCCAACAUUCUGAAGAAAAAAUGUUUCAUCCCAUUAAUGGCAAUUUUCCAAUAUAAGAAGUCCAAACACACCUCCAAGACAAUUAAAUUGAGAAAGUAGCGUCAUGGUCUCGGGCUGCAGGACUGCUGCCAGCACUGGGGAAUUUCCUGCCGCUUAUUCCCCUUUGGGGGUCGCGGGGGGUGCUGGUGCCUAUCUCAGCUACAAUCGGGCGGAAGACGGGGUACACCCUGGACAUGUCGCCACCUCAUCGCAGGGCCAACACAGAUAGACAGACAACAUUCCCACUCACAUUCCAACAUUCUAAACAGAAUUUUUGAUUCCCCCAAGAUGACUAAAUAGUGGUAGUAGUGUCGUGGUCUAGAGCUGCACGAGUCCUACCCGCAAUGGACAGCUGCGGUUUAAUUUAGGCAAAAUAAAUCCCAUCAUUAUGAAGAACAUAAAGCUCGGUCCCUCUAAACCAGGGGUCACCAACCUUUUCGAAACCAAGAGCUACUUCUUGGGUACUGAUUAAUGCGAAGGGCUACCAGUUUGAUACACACUUAAAUACAUUUCCAGAAAUAGCAAAUUUGCUCAAUUUACUUUUAAUAAAUAAAUCUAUAUAUAUAUAAAAAUGGGUAUUUCUGUCUGUCAUUCCAUCGUACAUUUUUUUUCCUUUUACCGAAGGUUUUUUUGUAGAGAAUAAAUGAUGAAAAAAAAUCUUAAUUGAACGGUUUAAAAGAGGAGAAAACAGGAAAAAAAAAAAAAAAAUUUUUGAAACAUAUUUUAUCUUCAAUUUCAACUCUUUAAAAUUCAAAAUCCAACCGAAAAAAAAGAAGGGAAAAACUAGCUAAUUCGAUUCUUUUUGAAAAAUUUUUAAAAAGAAUUGAUGGAACAUUAGUAAUUUUUCCUGAUUAAGAUUAAUUUUUGAAUUUUCAUGACAUGUUUUAAAUAGGUUAAAAUCCAAUCUGCACAUUGUUAGAAUAUAUAAGACAUUGGACCAAGCUAUAUUGCUAACAAAGACAAAUCAUUAUGUCUUCUAGAUUUUCCAGAGCAAAAAUGUUAAAAGAAAUUAAAAAGACUUUGAAAUAAGAUUAAAAUUGGAUUCUACAGAUUUUCUAGAUUUGCCAGAAUAAUUUUUUUGAAUUUUAAUCAUAAUAAGUUUAAAGAAAUAUUUCACAAAUAUUCUUCGUCGAAAAACAGAAUUUAAAAUGAAGAAUUGAAUUAAAAUUGAUUUAUUAUUCUUUACAAUAAAAAAAAAAAAAUUACUUGAACACUGAUUUAAAUUGUCAGGAAAGAAGAGGAAGGAAUUUAAAGGGUAUAUGUGUUUAUAAAUCCUAAAAUCAUUAAGGUUGUAUUUUUUCUCUAAAAUGGUCUUUCUGAAAGUUAUAAGAAGCAAAGUAAAAAAAUAAAUGAAUUUAUUUAAACAAGUGAAGACCAAGUCUUUUAAAUAUUUUCUUGGAUUUUCAAAUUCUAUUUGAGUUUUGUCUCUCUUAGAAUUAAAAAUGUCGAGCAAAGCAAGACCAGCUGGCUAGUAAAUAAAUACAAUCAAAAAAAUAGAGGCAGCUCACUGGUAAGUGCUGCUAUUUGAGCUAUUUUUAGAACAGGCCAGCGGGCGACUCAUCUGUUCCUUACGGGCUACCUGGUGCCCGCGGCCACCGCGUUGGUGACCCCUGCUCUAAACACACUUCUAAGACAACUAAAUAGGGAUAGUAAAUGAAAGUGACUGAUAUCCUAAGCACAGCUCAAAGACAACUAAAUAGUGAUAAUGGCGUCAUGGUCUGUGGCAGCACAAAAGCUGAAUUUUAUUGAGAUGAAAAUGAAUUCCAAAAUUUUAAAGAAAAUCAUUGAUCACCUUAAUAGCAUGUUUCCAACAUGACAUGUCCAAAAUCACUUUUAAGACAACUUAGCACUGGCAGUAUCGUAAUGGUCUGGAGUUGCACGAUUGGAGAGCUGCCGUUUAUUAAAGUGAAAAUUAAUUCCAACAUUCUGAAGAAGAAAACGAUUAAUCCCCUUCAUGGCAGUUCUCCCAACAAAAGUCCAAACAAAACUUUACGACAACAAAAUAGGGGAUUGGUAGCAUCAUGGUCAGGGGAUGCACAAGUGCUGCCGGCACUGGGGGGGGCCGUGGCUCACACUAGAAGGGAUGAAGAGCACGAUCCCUUCCUGGGUAGUUUUCCAAUAUAUGGUCCUCAAAGUCAACUCAAGAUGACCAAACAGUGAUGGCGGGUCUUGCGUAAGAACUGCUGGUGCUGGAGAGCUGCAAAACAUGAGAUGGCAAUGGUGCUCAUACAAAAUAUUGACAUUUUGUACACAUAUUUCACUGUGAUGCGUACUCCGAUCUGGUCGGUACAGCCAAUAAUAUGUGUUGAUUCAUUGUCAGGAUAUAUAAAUAUAUACUCCUUUCAAAGAUGUCCGCAGUGUGACUCAAGUGUGGGCAACUCUGUUAAAGAUAAGCCGAGAGGCCAAGGGGGAAAUCUCAGAAUCUUGCUUGAAGUUUCCGGCCGCCAUUUGGCCACCUUGGUUCUCACUGACACAUUCAUCCAGCACUGGAGCUCGAGAAAGCUCCACGAGUUCAUUCUCCCAGUCUCAGCAGACAUGAUAAUGAUGAGGCGCUUGUGAUGGAACAUGUGUUUACCGUGUGUGUGGUGUCGGUGCUUUUUAUCCUGCAAUGUAAUCAUAAUGAGAAAUGGAAUUAAUGUUGCUUUUUCUCGCCCAUAUCCUCCCUGCAUUUUAUGGACAUGAAUAAAAUGUUUCAUAUGAUA